AUGAAAUCCCCAAGGAGAACCACGCUGUGCUGUAUGAUUAUUGUGAUUUAUUUUUCCCAAGCUACACCGAACUUGAAUUUAGAGUCUAUUGUUCAUCCCUUGAUUCUCCGUGAACAUGAACUAGCGGGGAAGGAGCCACUAAGGCAAAAACGAGCAGUUGCCUCAAGCAGAGUUGUGGCUGAAGAGUACACUGUUGAUGUUGAGAUCAGUUUUGAAAACGCCUCCUUCCUGGAGCCUAUCAAAACUUACUUGAACAGCCUCAGUUUCCCAAGUCAAGGGAACAGCACUGACCAAGCCACCACCACCAUUUUAAGCAUUGAGGUGACCACAGUCUGCAGACCUACCGGAAAUGAAAUCUGGUGCUCGUGUGAGACAGGCUAUAGGUGGCCUCAAGAAAGGUGUCUCCACAAUCUCACUUGUCAAGAGCAUGAUGGCUUCCCUGCAGGGCAUCGUUGCAGUUGCCUUAAAGGACUACCUCCCAAGGGACCUUUUUGCCAGCUCCAGGGAGAUGUUACCCUAAGAAUGUCAGUCCGACUCAAUGUGGGCUUUCAACAAGACCUCAAGAACUCUUCCUCUGCUCUCUAUAGGUCCUACAAGACUGACUUGGAAACAGCGUUCUGGAAAGGUUACAGUAUUUUACCAGGCUUCAAAUUGGUGACUGUGACAGGUUUCAGGCCCGGAAGUGUGGUUGUGACAUACGAGGUCAAGACUACAACACCAUCACCUGAAUUGAUGCGUAAAGCAAAUGAUCAAGUAAUGCGGAACCUUAAUCAGACCUACAAAAUGGACUACAAUUCCUUUCAAGUAGUUACUAGCAAUGAAACUAAGUUCACCAUCGUGCCAGAAAUCAUUUUUGAAGGGGACACGGUAACUCUGAUGUGUGAAACUGAAGUUUUGUCCUCUAACGUGUCCUGGCACCAUGUCGAAAGGCACUCCGACAUCCAGAACAACAGCAGAUUCUCGGUUUACACCUUCGUGCUCAACAACAUGACCUCGAUAUCGCGCCUCACUAUUUACAACAUCACUCAGGGGGACGCAGGUGAAUAUAUUUGCAAGCUGACAUUAGAUAUUUUUGAAUAUGAGUCCAGAAAAAAAAUGGAUGUUACACCCAUCCGAAUUUUGGCAACUGAAGAAAUGAAGGUGACGUGUGAUAACAAUCCUGUAUCUUUGAACUGCUGCAGCGAGAUUAACGUUAAUUGGAGCACGGUAGAAUGGAAGCAGCAGGGGAAAAUAAACAUUCCAGGAAACCCUGAAACAGACACAGAUUCCGGCUGCAGCAGAUACACCCUCAAGGCCAACGGGAGACAGUGUCCAAGCAGCCUGGGUGGCAUGAGGGUCACCUAUGUGUGUGAGUUCAUCAGCGAGCACGGAGCCAGAGGCAGUAAGAGCAUAGAAGUGACGUUCACCUCUGUGGCCAACCUAACAAUAACCCGGGACCCAAUUUCUGUUUCUGAGGGGCAAAACUUUUCCAUAAAGUGCAUCAGCGAUGUGAGUAACUAUGAUGAGGUAUACUGGAACACUUCUGCUGGAAUUAAAAUAUACCCAAAGUUUUAUACCACGAAGAGGUAUGCUGAUGGAGCAGAGUCAGUACUCACAGUGAACACCGUGACCCGGGAGUGGAAUGGAACCUAUCAUUGCAUAUUUAGAUAUAAGAAUUCAUACAGUGUCGCUACAAAAGAUGUGACUGUUUACCCGCUGCCUCUGGAGCCAAACAUCAUGGUUGAUCCCUUGGAAGCUACAAUUCCGUGUAAAGGUUCCCAUCACUUCAAGUGUUGCAUUGAGGAGAAUGAAGACUACAAAGUCACUUUCCAAAUGGACUCCCUAUCCUUUCUUGCAGAAAAAGAAGUUAAUGGAAAGCAAGUGUGCUACAAAUAUAAUUUCAUGGCAAGCUCAGUUUCCUGGUGUCCAAAAAAGCUCAACAUAUUUUGUCACUUUACCAAUGCUGCUAAUAAUUCGGUCCAGAGCCCCUCUAUGAAGCUUAACCUGGUUCCUGGAGAGAACAUCAUGUGCCAAGAUCCCAUAAUAGGUGUUGGGGAGCCUGGGAAAGUCAUCCAGAAACUGUGCCAGUUCUCAAGUGUUCCCAGCAGCCCUGGAAGUCCCACUGGUGGGAUCAUAACGUACAAAUGUGUAGGCUCCCAGUGGAAGGUGAAGAAGAAUGACUGCAUCUCUGCCCCAAUAAAUAGUCUUCUCCAGCUGGCCAAGGCUUUGAUCAAGAGCCCCUAUCAGGAUGCGAAACUCCCGACGUACCUAAAGGAUCUUUCUGUUAGCACAGGCAAGGUGAAACACGAAGUCAGCUCAUUUCCUGGGAGCCUGGGAGCCAUCAUUAACAUCCUUGAUUUGCUCUCAACGGUUCCAACCCAAGUGAAUUCAGAAAUGAUGACGCACGUUCUGUCUACGGUUAACACCAUUCUCAGCAAGCCCGUCUUGAGUACAUGGAAGGUGGUACAACAGCAACAGACCAACCAGAGCUCACAGCUACUGGAUUCAGUGGAAAGAUUUUCCCGAGCAUUACGGCCAGAAGAUAGCACUGUUUUGUCCAUCAACCAAACUAAUGUGCAGAUGAGGAGCAUGGUGAUAAAACCUGGCCAUCCAAAAGCCUACAAACAGAGCUUUGUUUUCUCAGACUCAGACCUGUGGGGUAAUGUGGCCAUUGAAAACUGCCAGCUGGGAAACCUGCAGCGAGAUUCAUCUAUUGUCACUGUGGCUUUUCCAACUCUCAAAACCAUCCUCGCCCAAGAUGUUCCAGGAAAGAAUUUUGCCAACAGCUUAGUGAUGACAACCACCGUCAGCCACAAUAUAACCUUGCCAUUCAGUAUCUCAAUGACUUUUAAGAACAUCAACCCUUCAGGUGCGGUACCGCGAUGUGUCUUCUGGAAUUUCGACCUCGCCAACCACACAGGGGGGUGGGACAGCAGUGGGUGUUACGUGAACAAAGUCGAUGAGGACAGCGUCUCCUGCGUCUGUGACCACCUAACGUCGUUCUCCAUCCUCAUGUCCCCUGACUCUCCGUACCCUGGUUCUCUCCUGGAAAUACUACUGGACAUCAUUUCCUACAUUGGGUUGUGCUUUUCCAUCUUGAGCUUGGCAGCCUGUCUGGUCGUGGAAGCCGUGGUGUGGAAAUCAGUGACCAAGAACCGGACUUCCUAUAUGCGCCACAUCUGCAUAGCGAACAUCGCCGCCUCCCUUCUGGUGGCUGACAGCUGGUUCAUUGUAGCCGCUGCCAUUCAUAACCAUUAUCACCCACUCAACAAGACAGCCUGUGUGGCCGCCACCUUCUUUAUCCAUUUCUUCUACCUCAGUGUCUUUUUCUGGAUGCUGACUCUGGGCCUCAUGCUCUUUUACCGCCUGGUUUUCAUCCUGCAUGACGCAAGCAAGUCCAUUCAGAAGACUAUUGCCUUUUCUCUUGGCUAUGGCUGCCCUCUGGUCAUCUCGGUCAUCACAGUGGGGGCCACCCAGCCCCAAGAAGUCUACACGAGGAAGAAUGCCUGCUGGCUCAACUGGGAGGAUACCAAGGCCCUGCUGGCCUUCGUCAUCCCAGCACUGAUCAUCGUGGUGGUGAACAUGACCAUCAUGAUUGUGGUCAUCUCCAAGAUCCUGAGACCUUCCAUCGGGGACAAGCCAAGCAAGCAGGAGAAGAGUAGUCUGUUUCAGAUCAGCAAGAGCAUUGGGGUCCUCACGCCGCUCUUGGGGCUCACCUGGGGAUUUGGUCUUGCCACUGUGUUCCAAGGAAGCAAUGCUGUGUUCCAUAUCAUAUUCACUCUCCUCAAUGCCUUUCAGGGGCUAUUCAUUUUACUCUUUGGGUGCCUCUGGGAUCAGAAGGUGCAGGAAGCCUUGCUGAAGAAGUUUUCACUGUCAAGAUGGUCUUCACAGCACUCAAAGUCAACAUCCCUCGGUUCAUCUACACCAGUAUUUUCUAUGAGUUCUCCGAUAUCAAGAAGAUUUAACAAUUUGUUUGGUAAAACAGGCACGUACAAUGUCUCCACCCCAGAAACAACCAGCUCAUCCCUGGAAAAUACAUCCAGUGCUUACUCGUUGCUCAACUAA